CCAGCCUCUCCCUCUCGCUCAUUUGCCCUUCUCUCCUCACCCACACAGAGAGAGUAGCCGCCACCAAAACCCUAGCGAGCGAAGAUGAAGAGGAACCCCCGCGUCUCGAGCUCCCGCCGCAAGAGCCGCAAGGCUCACUUCACGGCGCCGUCGUCGGUCCGCCGCGUCCUGAUGAGCGCGCCUCUCUCCUCCGACCUCCGGUCCAAGUACACCGUCCGGUCCAUGCCGGUGCGCAAAGACGACGAGGUCCAGGUGGUGCGCGGGACCUACAAGGGCCGCGAGGGCAAGGUGGUCCAGGUGUACCGCCGCAAGUGGGUGAUCCACAUCGAGCGCAUCACCAGGGAGAAGGUGAACGGGUCGACGGUCAACGUCGGCAUCAACCCCUCGAAGGUGGUCAUCACCAAGCUCAGGCUCGACAAGGACCGCAAGUCUCUGCUCGACCGCAAGGCCAAGGGCCGCGCCGCCGCUGACAAGGACAAGGGCACCAAGUUCACCGCCGAGGAUAUCAUGCAGAACGUCGACUGAUUUUGAUUUGAUUCCCAUGGUUCGUUCUAAUACUACUCGUAGUUGUUCAUCAUUUCGGUGUUUCAUGUAUUGGAUAUUUAAGCUCAGACUUCAAUUUUGUGUUGUUCUUAACUCUUUCAAUGCUAUUAUAUUCUGGUAUUUAUAUCUGUUA